UCGGUUAUUCGGAAACGAUCAGAAGAUCAGUGAUCAUUGGAAUAACGUGAAAAUUCAGUACCCCCAAAUUAUUAACGUUAUAACCGCCACGAUGGCCAGACAUUUGACGCCCUCGAUCCUCAUUAUCGUUCUCUGUGGUCUAGCUCUUGAGGGAUUUGCCAAGCCCCUGGAAACAGUCGCGAUUUCCGAACCCUCCGACGAAAAUGCUUCCCUCGUGAGAGAAGCGCGCUCUCCGCAGUUUGGAUUCUUCAACAACGAUUACAAUGAUUAUUCGGACAUACGCCCGCGUCAUUUGAAGCACAAGCAUAAGCCCAAGCCGACGUAUACUCCAAUCGUUAUACAAGGUGGACAUCAACAAGGUGGCUGCAGGAGUCACGGUUGCGGGUCCUACAACAAGCCAAAUUCUGGGGGUUCGACAUUCGCCGGGGCUUUUGCGGGAUCAUCAAAUGGCGGAAGCAACACUCACAGCAACGCCGAGGCCGCCGCCAUCAAUUUCGGUCCCAUCAGUUUGAGUUACGCCACCGCUUCUUCCGGCAGAAAAUACGGCAACCAGGGUUACGGAGACUAUGGAAAUUACGGUGGUUACGGAGGAUUCGAUUACUGAAUGCCUAGACUGAUCAUCCAUCGAACAUCUACGCACUGAUCACAGUCAUCAAGUUUCUCGUAAUUUUUCAUUAUUUUGAUUAUUUAAUAUAAAUAUUACAUCAUCACAUUGUUCAUGAUCUAUUAUAAUGAAUCUGUAAUAAAAUUCGUUAAAUAAUCUAAUUAAA